UAAAAUUUUGCACUAUAACAAAAAAAAAUCAAAAACUUCCUACACCAAAAUGCAAAUACCACAAAGUAUUUUGUGGUAAAACUUAUACAAGAGAAAAAAACUCGCUCAAGACUAAAGUGCACCUGGGAACUCCACAAACAACAGCACCAAAAUGGCACCAAAUGACAAAAGAAAUGGCAAAAUAUUGA